AUGAAGCUGCAGAAUAUCAUUUUGUCAGGGCGUGAGCCGGAGUCUCGAUGGGACGUGGAUAUUGAAGCGGGCAUCAUCAAGUCUAUCGAGCCGUCGACGUCGUUGUCGCCGGUUCCCACCGCUCCGCUUCUUCUUCCAUCGCUAUGUCAUCCCCAUGUUCACCUUGACAAAGCAUAUCUUUUGACCGGUGAUUUUGACUACACCGAUCUGACCCCACGAAGCGGUUCUUUCACCGAAGCACUGGCGUUGACAGCGCGUGCUAAGGAGCGGUAUACACCCGACGACCUCUACCUACGGGGUGCGCAGCUGCUAGCCACGUCGGCAACGCAGGGCGUCACUUCGUGUCGGGCCUUUGUGGAAGUCGACCAUGUCACGCGCCAUAAGGGCUUGGAGGCGGCGCUUAUGUUGAAAUGGGGGUUUGAGAAUGAAAACGCCACCACUGGCACUCCUCCUCCUCCUCCUACUACUACCACCACGCCCAGAACUGACGCAAGCGGCGGUGAUCGCAAGAGCAGCGACCCUACCGAUAUCAACAGCUUCAAGGGCAGAAAUGGUUGUUUCAAAGUUCAAAUUUGCGCAUUUGCCCAAGAUCCCUUAUUCAGCGCCGAGUAUCACGGCGAGGAGAAUCGUCGCUUACUCACUGAGGCGUUGGACAAGUACUGCGGUAGCCGCCGCCGCCAUACUAUCAAUGACAGUGGCCAAGAUGACUUUGGUAGAGGUGCUCAUGCUGGUGCUAUCAAUGCUGCCGCCGUGAUCGAAGCCCUCGGAACAACUCCGUAUGUUGAAGUGGACGUCGAAGCCAGCCGACAGAACAUCCGGUGGGCGAUCGAAAUGGCCCUCAAGUAUUCCCUCCAUUUGGAUUUCCACCUCGACUACAACCUCGACGAAACUAAAAGUCUGAUGGUCUGGGACGUUUUGAAGUUACUGAAAGAAGCGCGAUGGACCGAGCGGGCCGAUAGGACUAAAACGAUCGUGCUGGGCCACUGCUCGCGUCUGACUCUUUGCAGUGAUGCUGAGAUGGCCAGGCUGGCGCAUGAGAUUAGGGAAUCAUGUCUUCCAAUUUAUUUUGUAGGGCUGCCUACGAGCGAUUUGUUCAUGAUGGGACGUCCGCAACAGCAGCAGCCGCCGUCUUCGACAGCGCAAGCUGAGGACGGUAAUCGGUUGGGUUUCAGUGCACAUGCGCCUCACAAUCGUCCUCGGGGAACUAUCCAGGUCGUCGAUAUGAUUAGCCGUCUGGGUCUCGAAGCUUGUCUGUCCAUCAACAAUGUCGGCAAUGCCUUCACCCCCUGGGGCACAGGCGACCCGCUUCAUCUGGCCUCUCUCGGUGUCGGGGUUUAUCAGGCUGGUACGGAGGCUGAUGCACGUACGUUGUAUGAAUGUGUCAGUGUGCGUGCGAGACGGGCGAUCGGGUUAGAUGUGCCAGAAGGAAAGGAAGACAAAGCUACAAGUGGAACGGAUACUGGUGUCGACUCUCCUUCUGGAGCUGGAUCUAGGUUGAGAUCUAGCGGUGAUUCAGAGAGUCUGGAUCUGAAAGAAGGAGAUACAGGCCCGUUCCUCCUCAUCCGCAACAAAUUGUGGGUUGGCUCUACCGAUACCGAUCACUUGUUGCCAUUCAAGGUUCCUGCCCGCCAGCGUGCCAGUGUCAAGGACGUGGUCUGGGAUCCGCCUGAUAUUGCGCUGAGACAGGUGAUAUACUGA